GUCAUAUUGUUGAUUAGAAAGUCAAGGUGAGUGCACGCAGACCUCUAAGAUCAUAUUCUUCCUCCCACAGAUGAUGAAUCGAUGACCUCUGCUACUGUCUGGAGAGGGAUAAGGGAAUACUUACUUCUUGAGAGUUCACAAGAAUUUAAAGCCAGUAGAAAGGAAGAAGAAGUGAAAGCAAAAACAAAUUCAAGACUUGACCACAAUGGACGUGGGUGGUCCCUCUGAUCGGUAGGAUUUGGCACCCAAAGCAGAGGUUUGAAACCAUGGAUGAUUGCCCUUAUUGUGUUAUUACUGACAGUGGUAACUGUGGCCACUGGUCUUCUGGCUUACUUCUUAGUCUCUGGCCAGAAAAUGGAGUAUUAUCAUGGCACCUUUAAAAUUUCAGAUCUACGAGUCAAAAGUAAUUCUGGACAAAGCAGCCCAUACCAGCUUAAGGACUUACAGGAGAUGAGUGAAAACUUGCUCCUAUCUUUCCAGACACCUGAACUAUUCAAAGAUGGAAUGGAUGCUGGGGCUAGAUAUUCUUCUCAGCAGGUGGAUGAUACAUUUAUAGAUUCGGCCUUGAACAAGCAUUAUAUCAAGAACCAAGUAGUCAAACUGACUCCAGAGGAAGAUGGUGUGACAGUAGAUGUGAUUAUGGUGUUCCAGUUCCCCUCUGCUGAGUCAAGGGCAGUGAGAAAAAGGAAAAUCCGUAGCAUGUUAUAUAAGAAGAUAAGUAACACCAGAGCUUUGUCAAUAAAUGCCUCAUCAGUUGAAGUUAAUGCAAUGAGCUCAUCGACAGGGAAGCUAACUGUCCAAGCAUGUUGUGGUAAACGAGCUGUUCCAUUAAUAGUGAACAGAAUAAUAUCCGGAGAGAUUGCAGGCAAGUCUUCCUGGCCUUGGCAAGCUUCCCUUCAGCAUAAUGACACACAUCAAUGUGGCGCCACCUUGAUUAGUAAUACGUGGCUUGUUACCGCAGCGCACUGCUUUAGGAUUAAAUCAAAUCCACAUCAAUGGACUGUUAGCUUUGGAACAACAAUCAACCCUCCAUUAAUGAAAAGAAAUAUCGAAAGAAUUAUUGUCCAUGAGAGAUAUCACUUCCCAGCAAAAGAAUACGACAUUGCUGUUGUGCAAUUAUCAUCCAGCGUCACCUUUACUGAUGAGAUCCGAAGAGUUUGUUUGCCAGAAGCCUCUGUGUCCUUCCAACCAAAUUCAACUGUCUAUGUCACAGGAUUUGGAGCACUUUUUCAUGGUGGGGAAUCCCAAAAUGAUCUUCAUGAAGCCAGACUGAAAAUCAUAAGUGAUGAUGUAUGCAAGCAGCCACAUAUGUAUGGCAGACAUAUAAAAUUUGGGAUGUUUUGUGCUGGCUAUCUGGAAGGAAUUUAUGAUGCCUGUAUGGGUGAUUCUGGGGGACCUUUAGUUGGAAAGGAUCUUAAAGAUACCUGGUAUCUCAUUGGAAUUGUGAGCUGGGGAGAUAACUGUGGGCAAAAGAACAAACCUGGAGUCUACACAAAAGUGGCUUAUUACCGAAACUGGAUUACUUCAAGAACGGGCCUCUAAUUCACUAUUACAAGUUAAACAUUGAGAGCUGUAUGCAGGUCAUACAUGUAUGAGAAUCCAUAUAUUCUGUGGUUGUAGUACAAUGAAGUGAGAUUAAAUGAUAUGUUUUA